CGCUGGCUGUGCGGACGUGGACUAUCCUCCCCAUACAAAGUACCAAUCAGCAAUGGAGCGCAAAUCAGUGAGAAGCAACGCCGCGGGCAACGCCGUCACCAAGGUGUUCGCGCUGCUGCUAGUUAUAUGCCUCGCCGAGUGUGUCACAGAGCAGAGAAUUAACAGUAGGGGUAGCAAAGCGUCGACCCUUCUAGAGAAGGUCGGUGGCUGGCGCAGUCAACGCGGAGGUUCGUGCCUAAGUUACGGGCAUUCGUGUUGGGGAGCUCAUGGUAAGCGCUCCGGCAAGCCCCCCGCGUCCGCUCCCGACUGGUACAUCACCAGGCUUCUUCAGCGCAUGGCCGCCAACGCUGAAAUGAAUCGUGCCAAGCAGCUAGCUGCGAAGAACGACGACAUUAACGCCAUCUACCAGUUGAACAUGCCAGACGACUCGCCCGUGAACAACAAACUGAUUAUUGAUAACGAUGACGGACCGGUAGAGCUGCCCCUCAGCAGGAAUAUGGAAGCCAAACCGAUGUUGGACGAUGACAUAAUAUCUAAGAUGAAAAUCUGGCAGCUCAUGAGAGAAUCACCCGAGGAGAAUUAAAUAAAACUAUAGAUACCAAUGAUUGACUGACGUUAAAAAUUUCAACAUUUCUUUUCUUAAAUCCAUUUUAUUUGUUCCAUUUAAUUUCAUUAAUACUCUAUCUAUAAUUUUUGUAUAAAAGUGUCAAUUGUAAGGCUGGGUUGCAAUUGGCUAUAGUUAUAGACUAGACUGUAAGGUAAAAUGUGCCAUUUGUUAAACAUAUAAGGUCUAUUUUUGUUUGGCAUGUAUUCAGUAAAACUUGAUGGCUAUGAUAUAUUAAAUACAUAUAUAAAUAUUCCUUUAUUAAACGACUUUCCGAUUUGAAAUAUAAAUA